AUGUCCAAAUUUUAAUAAGAUGGUAUAACCAUCUGUCUACUGGGGGGGUUCCAGAAGUGGCCUUCCAGUGCUCAACAUUCCUUCACUCCUCACAAAUGUGGAUUAAGGGUAUAAAUUUUCACAUUACUAUUUUCAAGUUUGUUAAAUAAUUUACAUGGCAUUAUAAGGAUUAUUUAUAGAAAUUGAACGGCAAACCAAUUUAGGUGCCACUGAGGAUUUUCACUUCUCCGAAAGAAGGUAAGAAUUAAGUCGAUUUUGGUAGGGAAAUAUAAUGAUGGUUAUGAUAAUGAAAACCAUGAUCUUAUAAUCAGAAAAAAUGACAAAUUAUACAACAGCAAAAAGAAUAUGUAAGUCAUGUGAGAUUUAUUGUUAAGAACAUAUAUUUGCGAGGCUCUGUUAGGCGCAGGAACAUUCGGCUAAGUCAUAAAAUGUAGUGUAGUAGGUACGUAACAAUUAGUUGCAAUAAAGGUAUGGCAUUGAGAGGAUUAUUAGAUCAUAAAAAAUUAACAUGCAUUUCAAAAAUAACAAAAAAUAGAAAUAAAUGUGCUAAGAACUCUCUAAACAUUCUCAAAGGAACAAAACAUUUAAAAAAAUCAUAUAAUCUAACUAAAUGAUCAAUUUCUACACAAGAAACACGCGUGCCUAGUUUUCCCUUUGUUGGCAUAGAACUUAUUUGAGAUGAUGAAAACAAAUCGGUAAGAAGCAUUUAGUGUAUCGCUGGUCCGAAAAUUUCUCAAUCAAAUAGUGACUGGACUGACAGUGGCUGAACAAUGUGGAGUUGUUCACGCUGAUCUGAAACCAGAGAAUAUAAUGAUCGAAUAAAAGCAGCUUUAUAUGGAUGAUUGUUCUCUUUAAAUCAUAGAUUUUGGAUCCAGUUGCUUUAUGAAUGAUAAACACCCUUAUAUCUACAUUCAAAGUCGUUUCUAUAGGGCUCCAGAGAUAAUUUUAGAGAAUCACUAUUACAACAGUAUGAAUAUGGAACUAUGAAUUAUUAGCUAAAAUUGAUAUCUGGAGUUUGGGUUGUAUAGCAGUGGAAUUAUUAUAAGGUAAUCCCCUUUUUCCAUGUGGGGACCAAUACUCCUGUUUGGAGCGAAUCAUUCAAGUGACCAGACCUACCAUAAGUAAUUAGUUCGAAUAUGAUGUUUUAGCUAUGCAGGGAUAUGUGAAAACUGCCCCUGCCUCAAAAAAAUACUUUAACUUACUUCAAAAUGAUACUUUUCAAUUAAAAUCUAGGGAACAAUUCACAGCUGAGUUUCCUCAUUUAAAAACUAAAGAGGGGUACAAUGCUAUGCAUCCUAUAAAGAAACUUACAGAUCUAGCCCAAUAUUACAAUUAGCAAUCUUCAAAAGGUAUGACAAAUGCAUGUGAUAUUUGCGUAGAUCAACCUACAUUCAAUUAAUUUCUGGAUUUCGUGUAGAAAUGUCUUGAGUGGGAGCCAAGUGCUAGGAUGUCUGCCUAGGAUGCUAGUUAACACCCAUUUUUGACUGGAUAAAAUUAAGGAUUUGAAAUCAACAUAGAUUUAGAGGACUUGUUUGCAAAAUUGGAUACGUAAUCUAAUUAAAGUAGUACUUCCUCUUUUUAUGAAGACCAACCAGAGUUUUGAGAUAUUUCCCAUUCCUCAGAUUAAAAUGUUCAUUCAAAUAACAAUAAGUAAAAAAAAAAAUAAAAAUUCCAUUUGAAUGAUGUUUUAAUCAUAAAGAGGC